AUGAGCAACUUUGACCCCAGGCAACCAAUUACGGAUCCGUCCGUAUUUUCCCCCAGGGGCAUGUACGUGGACAACCGCGGCGGAGCUAAGGGGAUGCGAGCCGACGAAGACGACGAAGACAAGGCCUUCGUCUUCGAUGCCAGCGACAUGAAGGCGCUGAAUCGGUUCCUCGGCACGGGGAGAAAGCUUCAAACCACCCGGUCCGAGUACCUCCGAUGGUUGGGGAUAACGGACACGCCCGGAGAAAUCAGCGUAGACCUCGGAAAGGAACUUGAAUCGCUUCUCGGAACGUACAGCUCGAUCAAAAGAGACUGUACGCAGUUCAAGGAUGUGACGUGGAACAGGAUCGUUGAUAUUGCCGGGGACAUCAAGUCCUACGCCACCAUGUCGGGCGGCAAAGAAAGCACGUCGUACUAUGUGCUCAUGCUGAAAUUCAUUGGAGACUACCACGAGGAAAACAAGAAACCCAACCCGGACCAGGGGAAGCUCGCAGAGUUGAAGGAAAGCAUCCAGUUCACCGUCGACGCCGAGCUUAGGAAGCUCGAGGAGUUGCAGGCCGGGGCGCAGGAAGCCCUUACGGGACUCGGAGCUUUCGAGAGAGUGUGCGAGCAGCACGGCCUGGCAGUCGAGACUAACGCAAACGCUCUUGAGGCACAGCUUGUCAAGGAGGGCAACGACAUUGCGUCUAUGAAGCAGAAGAUAUCGGAUGCCCAGGCUGAAAUUAACGACUUGCAGGGACAGAUCGAUGGAAAGAACCAAGCAAUCAGAGAUGCACCGAAAUACAUGUGGGUCUGGCCGAUUGGCACUGCCAUCGGCACUGGCAUUGUCGUGGAGGCCAAGAAGGCCAUCAAGAGACUCAAAGAAGCCAUGGAAAAGGUCAAGAAGGUUCUGGAUGACUACGAGUCCAAGAUGAAGACUGCAUCCCGCCUGGAGACGAACCUCAAGUUCAUUAGUCGCCAAGUCAAGGACCUCGGCACGGAGAUAGGACCUGCCAUCAAGACUCUGCAGAAGCUUCAGGGAGCUUGGAAGAGCAUGGAGACUGAUCUCAAGUCCAUCAAGGACCUGAUCGAGUUCGACACGGACAACAUUCCGCCAAUGUUGAUCACGAGGCCCCAGUUGCAGGGCAUCGUUGACGAAUGGAAUGAGCUCAAGGAUUACGCGAGCAACUACAUUGAGAAUGCUUACAUUAGCGACGAGCCCAAGUCUGUGACCAUUGCGGAAUAUAUUUCCGACCUGGAGGUUGCUAUCAAGAAAAUUGAAGCUAUGCAGGACGAUGCGUAA